UGACAUGCAACACAAAAUUGAAAUGUCGUGACAUUAGUAGACAAUUUAUUAUCUUAAGCAAGAAGAUCACAAAGGAAUACAAUAAAAUGUCUUGUACCAUUACUGCGGGAUUGAUCCCUUGGGAUUUGAUGGCAGAGAAUGCUCAGAAUUGUUUACCUGUUGAGAUGAAGGUACAUUUAAUAACGACAGUAAUUAAAUUAAACACCUUCGUUGAAAAUGAAAUGAAACCACCAUCGAAGUGGUUGAAUGAUUCAUUAACUUUAGUUGAUGCUUGUUUGGACAAAACAUGGGAAGUGUUAAAUUCUGGUCACUGGCGAUCUGUUCCCCUUGAAUAUCGAUACAGUUAUUCACUAUGUACUAUUUUGAAGGUAGCAUUAUUAGAGUUUCAAUACGAUAAUAAUACCAAAGAAUCUGCAGAGAACACGAUUCUGCUAAAGACCAUCAUGGAGCAAAUUGAUAAAGGUAUUUUAUUGGGUGCACCCCUCCCAAACAUACCUGAUUUGUUACAAAAAAUUGCUUCAGAAUUAAAUAAUCUUACUAUACACUCAUUGAAAUCGUUUAAUUUAGAAGAAUUAGUGAUCGAUACGAAAAAUUUGUGUGAAUCUUUACUACCUGGGUGUAGUGAAGUUCCACAAUACGUUGAACCGUCGAUGGAGUUAUUUUACAAAGACAUAUUUAUGCCAAAAGUCCCAGCAGUAUUGAAAGAUUGUAUUAAACAUUGGAAAGCCUUAGAACAAUGGAAGAACUUAGAUUACUUAGUUAAAGUGGCCGGAAAUCGAACAGUGCCCAUCGAGAUUGGAUCGCGUUACACCGACGAAAGUUGGACGCAACAGCUUAUCAGCUUUUCCGAAUUCUUACAAAAAUACGUAUUAAAAAAGAGUAAUCAAGUCGGCUACUUAGCUCAGCAUCAACUGUUUGACCAGAUUCCUGAACUGAAAGAUGAUUUCACGAUUCCCGAAUAUUGCAAUUUCACAGAUAACGAUGAGGUCGAGCAACCGGAUAUAAACGCUUGGUUUGGACCUGGUGGGACGUUAUCGCCGCUCCAUUUUGAUCCCAAGAACAACUUUUUGUGUCAAGUAUUUGGGUACAAGAGAGUGAUUUUAUAUCAUCCAGACGAUUCACCUAAUCUGUACCCGUAUGAUUCGAGAUUGCUGAAUAAUACGGCGCAAGUUGACCCCUUGAAUCCUGACUACGAAAAAUGGCCUAAUCUCAAGAGAGCUAAAGGUUUUAUGAUUUAUUUGAAGCCAGGAGAUAUGCUCUACAUCCCUCCGAAAUGGUGGCAUCAUGUGACUUCUUUAAGUCCAAGUUUUUCCAUUAGCUUUUGGUGGAAUUGAAUAUAUGUAAUAAAGAAAUAUUGUUAAUAAGAAAAA